GAGCUCAGCCGCGGAGUGAGCGAGGGAGACGGAAGGAGCCGAACCCGGCGCCAUCCGCCGCCAUCCUCCCCCGCCCCACCGCCAUCCCGUCCCGGGGAGCCCCUAGGCCCGGGUCCCGGAUCCCCGCGCACCCGGCCAGGGGACAGAGACUGAGACACUUGCUGUCUGGCCCACAGGCUCCGGCACGUUUUGGGGGAGGUGCCUGCGGGACCCAACAUACUCAAUGAGCUUCCAGCGCAAUGUCCGAUCGCUCGGGGCCGACUGCCAAGGGAAAGGAUGGAAAGAAGUAUUCCUCGCUCAACCUGUUUGAUACGUAUAAGGGCAAGUCCUUAGAGAUCCAGAAACCCGCUGUUGCCCCUCGUCAUGGCCUGCAGAGUCUCGGGAAAGUUGCCAUUGCCCGGCGUAUGCCACCUCCAGCCAACCUUCCAAGCCUGAAAGCCGAGAACAAAGGCAAUGACCCCAAUGUCUCACUAGUGCCAAAAGACGGAACAGGAUGGGCAAGCAAACAGGAGCAGUCCGACCCCAAGAGUUCCGAUGCCUCAACCGCUCAGCCGCCGGAAUCGCAGCCACUGCCGGCUUCACAGACGCCUGCCUCCAACCAGCUGAAACGACCCCCAGCAGCCCCCGAGAACACUCCUUUGGUUCCAAGCGGGGUAAAGUCCUGGGCACAAGCCAGCGUCACCCAUGGAGCACAUGGAGAUGGUGGAAGGGCAUCAAGCCUACUGUCGCGAUUCUCUCGAGAGGAAUUUCCGACCCUGCAGGCGGCUGGCGACCAGGACAAGGCUGCCAAGGAAAGGGAGUCUGCCGAACAGUCGUCUGGGCCCGGACCAAGCCUCCGCCCCCAAAAUUCUGCAACUUGGAGGGACGGAGGUGGGCGUGGCCCUGAUGAGCUGGAGGGCCCGGACUCCAAACUUCAUCAUGGUCAUGAUCCCCGGGGUGGGCUACAGCCUUCAGGCCCACCCCAGUUCCCUCCCUACCGCGGAAUGAUGCCGCCUUUCAUGUAUCCCCCAUAUCUCCCGUUCCCUCCGCCCUAUGGACCCCAGGGGCCUUACCGAUACCCCACUCCUGAUGGGCCCAGCCGUUUUCCCCGUGUGGCGGGCCCCCGAGGCUCAGGGCCACCAAUGCGCUUAGUAGAGCCUGUGGGUCGUCCCUCUAUUCUCAAAGAGGAUAAUCUCAAAGAGUUUGAUCAGUUGGAUCAGGAGAAUGAUGAUGGUUGGGCAGGGGCCCAUGAAGAGGUUGACUACACUGAAAAGCUCAAGUUCAGCGAUGAGGAAGAUGGGCGAGACUCUGAUGAGGAGGGAGCUGAGGGCCACAAGGAUUCCCAAUCAGCUUCUGGUGAGGAACGGCCCCCUGAAGCAGAUGGCAAAAAGAGCAACUCCCCCAACAGCGAACCGCCAACUCCUAAGACGGCCUGGGCAGAAACCUCUCGGCCUCCAGAGACAGAGCCGGGACCUCCUGCCCCAAAGCCUCCCCUACCCCCACCUCACCGGGGCCCCGCCGGGAACUGGGGCCCCCCUGGGGACUACCCAGAUCGUGGGGGUCCUCCCUGCAAGCCCCCAGCACCUGAAGAUGAGGAUGAGGCAUGGCGGCAGCGACGAAAGCAGUCGUCAUCUGAGAUUUCCCUGGCAGUGGAGCGGGCCCGGCGACGGCGAGAAGAAGAGGAGCGGCGCAUGCAAGAAGAGCGCCGGGCAGCCUGUGCUGAGAAGCUCAAGCGACUCGAUGAAAAGUUUGGGGCACCUGACAAGCGGCUCAAAGCAGAGCCUGCUGCCCCACCUGCUGCCCCUUCUACCCCAGCUCCACCACCUGCAGUCCCUAAAGAACUCCCUGCACCUCCAGCUCCACCUCCAGCAUCAGCCCCAACACCAGAGAAAGAACCUGAAGAGCCAGCACAGGCCCCUCCUGCCCAAUCUACUCCCACUCCAGGUGUGGCUGCGGCUCCCACUCUGGUGAGUGGUGGUGGCAGUACCAGUAGCACCAGCAGUGGCAGCUUCGAAGCCAGCCCAGUGGAACCACAACUGCCCUCAAAAGAGGGUCCUGAACCACCAGAAGAGGUUCCUCCUCCUACCACACCCCCAGUUCCAAAGGUGGAACCCAAGGGUGAUGGGAUUGGUCCCACCCGCCAGCCCCCUAGUCAGGGCUUGGGCUACCCCAAAUAUCAGAAGUCGUUGCCUCCUCGUUUCCAGCGGCAGCAGCAGGAGCAGCUCCUGAAGCAGCAGCAGCAGCACCAGUGGCAGCAGCAUCAACAGGGCUCUGCCCCUCCUACCCCAGUGCCCCCAUCACCACCACAGCCUGUGACCCUGGGGGCUGUGCCAGCUCCACAGGCUCCACCCCCGCCCCCCAAGGCCCUGUACCCAGGUGCUCUGGGCCGGCCCCCACCCAUGCCCCCAAUGAACUUUGAUCCCCGAUGGAUGAUGAUUCCUCCUUAUGUGGACCCCCGGCUCCUCCAGGGUCGUCCCCCUCUAGACUUCUACCCUCCUGGUGUGCAUCCCUCUGGCCUAGUUCCCCGAGAGCGUUCAGACAGUGGGGGCUCAAGCUCAGAGCCAUUUGACCGUCAUGCACCUGCUAUGUUACGGGAACGGGGCACUCCACCGGUGGAUCCAAAGUUGGCCUGGGUAGGAGAUGUCUUCACCGCCACACCCGCUGACCCCCGCCCACUUACCUCACCUCUGCGCCAGGCUGCGGAUGAGGAUGACAAGGGGAUGAGGAGCGAGACUCCUCCAGUACCUCCCCCACCACCCUAUCUGGCCAGUUAUCCAGGCUUUCCUGAGAAUGGAGCCCCUGGGCCCCCAAUCUCUCGCUUUCCUCUGGAGGAACCAGGGCCCCAUCCACUCCCCUGGCCCCCAGGCAGUGAUGAAGUGGCCAAGAUACAAACUCCACCACCCAAGAAGGAGCCCCCUAAGGAGGAGACUGCACAGCUGACGGGGCCAGAAGCAGGCCGAAAGCCUGCCCGCGGAGUCGGGAGUGGAGGCCAGGGCCCCCCACCACCACGCAGAGAGAGUCGCACAGAGACCCGCUGGGGCCCUCGUCCAGGCAGCAGUCGUCGUGGAAUCCCUCCAGAGGAGCCAGGGGCCCCACCCCGCCGGGCUGGGCCUAUAAAGAAACCUCCACCACCUACAAAAGUCGAAGAGCUGCCUCCCAAGCCCCUCGAACAGGGGGAUGAAACCCCCAAAGCCCCAAAGCCAGACCCACUCAAGAUAACCAAGGGGAAGCUAGGGGGCCCCAAGGAGACCCCACCCAAUGGGAAUCUUUCCCCUGCCCCAAGGCUUCGGAGGGACUAUUCGUAUGAAAGAGUGGGUCCUACCUCUUGCCGGGGUCGGGGCCGAGGCGAGUAUUUUGCCAGAGGGAGGGGUUUUCGGGGGACCUAUGGGGGACGAGGGCGGGGAGCCCGAAGCCGGGAAUUCCGCAGUUAUCGAGAGUUUCGAGGAGAUGAUGGGCGUGGAGGUGGGACAGGGGGACCAAACCACCCUCCUGCUCCCCGAGGCCGCACUGCCAGUGAGACACGGAGCGAGGGUUCAGAGUACGAGGAAAUCCCCAAGCGGCGCCGGCAGCGGGGCUCAGAAACAGGCAGCGAGACCCAUGAGAGUGAUCUGGCUCCUUCAGACAAGGAGGCUCCCACACCCAAGGAGGGAACACUCACCCAGGUCCCUCUCGCUCCCCCACCACCAGGAGCCCCACCUUCACCAGCCCCAGCCCGCUUCACUGCCCGGGGUGGGCGAGUCUUCACUCCCAGAGGGGUGCCAUCUCGCCGGGGCCGAGGAGGAGGGAGGCCCCCUCCUCAAGUUUGCCCAGGCUGGAGCCCUCCAGCCAAGUCUCUGGCUCCCAAGAAACCUCCCACAGGCCCUUUGCCACCAAGUAAGGAGCCUUUGAAAGAGAAGUUGAUCCCAGGGCCUCUGUCCCCCGUGGCGCGCGGAGGCAGCAGCGGAGGUAGCAAUGUGGGCAUGGAAGAUGGGGAGCGACCCCGAAGGAGGCGACAUGGGAGGGCUCAGCAGCAGGAUAAACCGCCUCGUUUCCGGAGGCUGAAGCAGGAACGGGAGAAUGCCGCAAGGGGGUCUGAGGGCAAGCCAUCCCUAACCCUUCCAGCCUCCGCUCCUGGACCUGAGGAGGCCCUCACAACAGUCACAGUGGCCCCAGCACCUCGCCGGGCAGCUGCCAAGUCUCCUGAUCUGUCAAACCAGAACUCGGACCAAGCCAAUGAGGAAUGGGAGACUGCAUCAGAGAGCAGUGACUUCGCCAGUGAGCGCCGAGGGGACAAAGAGGCACCCCCACCAGUACUGCUGACACCCAAGGCUAUGGGAACUCCUGGGGGAGGUGGAGGUGGAGCCGUACCAGGUAUUUCAGCCAUGUCCCGCGGAGAUCUGAGCCAGAGAGCCAAGGAUUUGAGUAAACGGAGCUUCUCAAGUCAGCGGCCAGGCAUGGAACGGCAGAAUCGGCGCCCUGGCCCAGGGGGCAAGGCUGGCAGCAGUGGCAGCAGCAGUGGAGGAGGCGGUGGGGGUCCUGGAGGAAGGACCGGGCCAGGACGAGGUGACAAGAGGAGCUGGCCCUCUCCCAAGAACCGAAGUCGUCCUCCAGAGGAGCGUCCCCCGGGGCUUCCCCUGCCUCCCCCACCUCCCAGCAGUUCUGCUGUCUUCCGCCUGGACCAAGUUAUCCACAGCAACCCUGCUGGCAUCCAACAGGCUCUGGCCCAGCUUAGUAGCCGUCAAGGGAGUGUAACUGCACCAGGGGGUCACCCAAGGCACAAGCCUGGGCCUCCCCAAGCCCCUCAGGGCCCCUCUCCUAGGCCCCCAACCCGAUAUGAGCCCCAGAGGGUCAACAGCGGCCUCAGUUCUGACCCCCACUUUGAGGAGCCGGGGCCAAUGGUGAGAGGGGUGGGUGGGACUCCUCGGGACUCUGCCGGGGUUAGUCCCUUUCCCCCUAAACGUCGGGAGCGGCCUCCCAGAAAACCAGAGCUGCUACAGGAGGAAUCUUUGCCACCUCCUCAUAGCUCUGGAUUCUUGGGCUCUAAGCCUGAGGGCCCAGGCCCUCAGGCAGAGUCCAGAGAUACAGGCACAGAGGCCCUGACCCCUCACAUCUGGAACCGUUUACAUACUGCCACUAGCCGAAAGAGUUACCGGCCCAGCUCCAUGGAGCCUUGGAUGGAGCCCCUGAGUCCUUUUGAGGAUGUGGCUGGCACAGAAAUGAGUCAGUCUGACAGUGGGGUGGACCUGAGUGGGGAUUCUCAGGUGUCAUCAGGUCCCUGCAGCCAGCGAAGUUCCCCUGAUGGAGGACUCAAGGGGGCAGCAGAGGGACCCCCCAAGAGGCCUGGAGGCUCCUCACCCCUGAAUGCUGUUCCUUGUGAGGGUCCACCUGGCUCUGAACCUCCUAGGAGACCACCACCUGCCCCCAACGAUGGGGACAGAAAGGAGCUGCCCCAGGAGCAGCCUCUGCCCCCUGGCCCCAUUGGCACAGAACGAUCACAGCGUACAGACCGAGGCACAGAGCCUGGCCCCAUUCGGCCAUCCCAUCGACCUGGUCCCCCAGUCCAGUUUGGCACUAGUGACAAGGACUCAGACUUACGCCUAGUGGUAGGAGACAGCUUGAAAGCAGAGAAGGAGCUAACAGCAUCAGUCACUGAGGCCAUUCCUGUAUCACGAGACUGGGAGCUGCUUCCCAGUGCUGCUGCCUCUGCUGAGCCACAAUCCAAGAACCUGGGUUCUGGGCACUGUGGCCCAGAGCCCAGCUCCUCAGGCCAGCGCCUGUAUCCUGAGGUUUUCUAUGGCAGUGCUGGGCCUUCCAGUUCUCAGAUCUCUGGGGGAGCCAUGGACUCUCAAUUACAUCCAAACAGUGGAGGCUUCCGCCCUGGGACACCCUCACUGCACCCUUACAGAUCACAGCCCCUAUACCUACCCCCCGGCCCAGCCCCUCCCUCAGCACUGCUCUCUGGGGUAGCUCUCAAGGGCCAGUUUCUGGAUUUCUCCACACUGCAAGCUACAGAGCUGGGGAAGUUGCCGGCUGGAGGAGUUCUCUACCCUCCACCUUCCUUCCUCUACUCUCCGGCUUUCUGCCCCAGUCCUUUGCCUGACACAUCGUUGCUUCAGGUACGCCAGGAUCUGCCAUCCCCUUCGGAUUUUUAUUCUACUCCUCUGCAGCCUGGUGGCCAAAGUGGCUUUCUCCCUUCAGGGGCUCCUGCCCAGCAGCUGCAUCCAGUGGAACUAAAGCCGUUCCAGGAUUAUCAAAAACUGAGCAGCAACCUUGGGGGACCUGGAUCAUCACGGACUCCCCCAGCUGGAAGGUCCUUCUCUGGCCUCAAUUCGCGUCUCAAGGCCACGCCUUCCACCUACAGUGGAGUCUUCCGCACCCAGCGCGUCGACCUUUACCAGCAGGCCUCCCCACCAGAUGCCCUGCGCUGGAUACCUAAGCCUUGGGAGCGGACAGGGCCGCCACCUCGAGAAGGGCCCUCCCGACGGGCAGAGGAGCCUGGGUCCCGAGGGGACAAGGAGCCUGGGUUGCCCCCACCCCGCUGAGGGAGUUCCUCUUGCCCCCUACCCCCGGGGCUUGUAUAUAGAUUAUAAAUAUAUAAGGGGGAAAGGGGUGGGCGGGGAGGGGUUGUGGGGCUGGGGCCUCACUUCCCCUCCUCCCCCUUCCCCUGGUCCCCUGUCCCUGGGGCUGUUUGUUAAAAAAGAGUAAUAAAAGGAUUUAAAAAAAAACUUCUACAAUGAUUUGGGGGAUGGGUUGUUUGCAUUGUCUUAAAGCAUGGUGCUGAGUGAUCUGUAGUUUCAGUCAGGGAAAUAUUCAUUACUUAUUCCAGUGAGCUGUUGAAACUAAAAACAUGACCAUCGUAUUGGAUCUUUAAAUUUUUGAGAGUCGGGAAUUUGGGCUGAGCUCAGCUGGAUAAAUCUGCUUUUUUGUGCCAGUGAGCGAGGUCAACUGGUUAUCAGUCUGCAGCUGACACCUGGGCUGGUCCCAAUAUGGCUUCCUUUGCAUAUCUGGGGCCUUGGUGGGACAUCUGUAACAUUACUGGAUUAUCAACCAGUGUCUUCACAUGGACUCUUCAGCAGGCCUGUUAAAUGUCCGUGAGCUCAUGUUCCAAGAGGUCUAGCUGGAAUUUUCUAAGCUUAUGCCAUGCUUAGUUGAUAGAGCACUAAACUAGCCAAGGUAGGCGAUGGGGGGGUUUAGAAGGGACUUCAACUGCAUCUCAAAGGGACUAGCAAAGAAUUUGCAGCCAUGGGACUUCAGUCCUUUAUGAUGAACUAAGGGGAAAUCUCUGUUAAGGCCUCAAUGUUGGAGCACACUUAAGGGGCUCUUUGAAUUGGAUAGACCCAAUUCCAGCAUUGUCAAACUAAGUGGGAUUUCACAUGGUAACGCUGCAUGCUAGUUAUGCUAAAGACUAUACUUAGGUCUGCAGCUGCUCAGAAACUUUUUUUGAUGGGUAAUUUGAGAGCUCUAUCCUAGUGUGCACCUGGAAUAUGCUCCCAACUCAAAAUACAGGUUUUUUAUUUAUAUAUAAAGUGCUUUCGCACAAAAAAUACAAACAUCAGGCUGGGCGCGGUGGCCCAUGCCUGUAAUUCCAGCACUUUGGGAGGCCAAGGUGGGUGGAUCACAAGGUCAGGAGUUCGAGACCAGCCUGGCCAAUGUGGUGAAACCCUCUCUCUACUAAAAAUACAAAAAUUAGCCGGGCGUGGUGGCAGACGCCUGUAGUCCCAGCUACUCAGGAGGCUGAGGCAUGAGUGAGAAUCGCUUGAACCCGGGAGGCGGAGGUUGUAGUGAGCCGAGCUCGAGAUCCGGCCACUGCACCCAGCCUGGGAGACAGAGCAAUACUGUCUC